CAGAUAAAACGAUACUAUCGGUUCCGCUUAAAUUAUCCACACAUAUAUACCGAUUUGCUGGUCACCAAACAGAAGACUGCACUUUGCGCCGGUUUAAUAUAUCCAUUGCCGAUUCGUACUCAAAAGGGAAGCAGAGUGCUAAUAGUCGAAGCCGGAAAACGAUGGAAACCGAAGGAGGUGUCGAUCAAUGACUUUUUCAAAGGCAUGUUAUUGAUUUUAUAUCUAGCGAUGGUGGAAUACAAAACUCAGAUCGCAGGUACGCAUAUCAUUUUAGACGUCGAAGGUUUUUCUCUUAGCCAUUUGACGUAUAUCACACCAAGUUUUGCUAAAAUGCUAGUAGAUUUUAUACAAAGAUGUAUGCCCACUCGACUCAAAGGUAUCCAUAUUGUGAAUCAAUCCUUCAUUUUUAACAUGGCAUUUGCAAUAUUUAAACCAUUCUUGGAGGAGAAGUUUCGCAAUCGGAUUCACUUUCACGGGACAAAUUGGGAUUCCUUAAAGGAUUUCAUUGAUAAAAAAGCAUUACUUAAGAAGCAUGGAGGCGAGUUGAAAAUGGCUGAAGGACAAUACGGCGUAAUGUUUUGGCAGAAUAUGCUUUCAUGUGAAUCUGUCUUCGAAGGUAAUGAUAUACGGAAAAAAAUGAUGUUUUCGCAGCAUUAGCCGAUAGCAGUCUAAUUGAAAAUAUUUAAUUCAGUGACAGUAUUAACAGGUUCUGCCGGGUCAAUUAUAACUUAAUGAGCAUUAAUAAUCUAUUAUUUCAAACGAUUAAUUAGUAAAGUUAUUCUAUAGUCUUGAGAAUUGACAGAAGUGAUGGACAAGAUUAUCUGCAUCUCAAAUUGCACUAGUCAAAAAGAGUAAUCGAUUUAUUUAAAAGGGAUUGAUUCUUCGGAAUGAAAUCUCUUCCUUUUUUUUGGAAUGAGAUUCUAUCUACUCUGGUAUUACAUUUCUUUGGAAUGAAUCUCAUUCCAAAAGAGCAAAUCUCAUUCUAAAAAUCUGUCAUUUUUUAAGAGUAGU